AUGGCUAUGGGGGAAAUGAUGCAUCGCACGAUGUGUUUAAUGGUUCUCAUGCUUUGCUGCGCCUAUGGAUGUGUGCUCGCGAAUCAGUCUGACAAUCAACAACCUCCUCAACAUGCUGCUGUGCCCGGUAGCCCUGGUUUUGUUGCCCCUCUUGAUAAUGAAGGAUCCCACGCUGGCAAUGUUGCUCCCGUUAAUCGUUCACGUUGUCUUGCGGAUGGUACUAAGGCUGGUUCAGGUGUUAACACUCCUCCUUGUGUCCCUGAUCAUAAUGAAACUUCUUCUCCUAAGUUACCUAGUUUGACUACAAAAGGUACGCCUAGAAGGACUUCUGACACUCUUGAAGAAGAUGGUCGCGUUGAGAAGGUUGAUCAAACGGCUGAAGUUAUUGCUGCUCACCCUUUUCCUGGUACAACUCUCAAGCCGGAUACUAAUGCUACCCUUAACCCUGAUGUUCCUGGUACGUACGGUGUUGUGAAUGGUGGUCCUGGUACUCCCAAGAAUGCUGGUGCUCCUGGUGGACCACAUAAGCCUUACCCUGAUCCUGUUUUCCGAACGACAACUAACUAUGAUCCAAAGGCUCCUUGUAAUACAAGUGAUGUUUCCUGCCUUGUUGGUGUUCCUGGUGCUGUUCCUAUUCAUAAAGAUGGUCGAACAGCAUCUACACAUGGUGUUCAUGGUAUCAACAAGGAGGAUCGUUUUGCUAGAUCACAUCUUCUCACUCAACGUGAAGCUAAUCUUUCUACAGUUGGUGCUCCUACUGUUGCACGUAAUCGUGAUUCUCUUCCUCCUCCUACAACAGUUGAUUCCCAGAAUCAUGAGCAGCAGUCAGGUUCUACGAACAUACAUCAUGAAGAGAAUAAUAAUCAGGCAGAGAAUAUUGAAGCACCUGCACAGAGUGCACCAACAAGGAACACUCCCAAUACACCCACUAAGGUGACAUCACCCGCAAUGCCAACAAUACUGCAACCUCCUACGCCUGCAAAGAGCGAGACCAAACCACCCAAGAAGCGUAAGGCAGACAGCAGCAGUAUUGGUUCUGUGUGGGUACGUGUACCACUACUGAUUGUGGUGGUAUUGUUCUCCGUUACCGUGUACUGA